AUGUUGGAGGAACUUAUCAGGCCAAUUAUCCAGCGGCGCAACACAAAUUUCCGUGAUUGCAUUUCUGUCGGUGAACGUCUGAUGGUCACACUGCGCUUCCUCUCAACAGGCGAAAGCUUCAAGAGUCUUUCAUAUCUCUUUCGAAUGGGUGUCUCCACAAUUCGGAAAUUCAUUCCUGAAACCUGUGAUGCCAUCUACCAGGUCUUAAAAGAGAAAUAUCUGAAGUGCCCAGACACAGCACAUGAGUGGCAGCAGGUAUCCAGUGGAUUCAUGUCCCAGUGGAACUUCCCAAACUGCCUGGUUGCUCUGGAUGGGAAACACAUAAACAUUCGCCCCCCACCAGGGACUGGUUCUACAUACUAUAACUACAAGCACAACUUUUCCAUUGUCUUGAUGGCACUGGUCGACAGCUCGUACAGGUUUCUGUAUGUGGAUGUCGGUUGCAAUAGAAGGGUUUCUGAUGGUGGAGUGUUUCGUGGAUGCACGUUGGCUGAUGCCCUGGUAAACAGGACCACCAACAUCCCUGCUCCUGCACCUCUUCCAGGUUCUGACCAGCUGGCUCCAUACUGCAUUGUGGCAGAUAAGGCAUUUCCAUUGAAAGACUACCUGUUGAAGCCGUAUGCAAACUGCGGACUCACUGAAGAUCAGCGCAUCUUCAACUACAGGCUGUCGCGUGCUCGGAGGGUUGUGGAGAAUGCAUUUGGGAUUAUGGCCAACUGCUUCCGUGUCUUGCUAACCACCAUCAACAUCAGAGACACUGUCACAGUGGAGUACAUUGUCCUGGCUUGUUGUGCUCUGCAUAACUUUCUACGGAGUGAGGGCAGCGAUGUAUACAUGGCAGACAUUGUGGACCAGGAAGGACCAGAUACCGACAUCAUUGAAGGUAGAUGGAGGCAAGACCCUGCCCUACAACAAGCCUCCCUGCCCAGAAACAACAAUGCAGCUGCAAGGGCCAAAGAGGUCAGGGAUCAACGACACCACUAUUUCACAUCUGAUACUGGUGCAGUGCCUUUUCAAUGGGGCAAGAUAUAG